CACGAGCACUGUAUACGCGCGAAACGUCUUCGGACACACUCUCAGUCGCACGCUCUUUCACGCGCCUUUUCGAUUUCACAUUCGGAUCCGAUUUGUUCACCCGCCGAAGAUCCACCGGCAUCUUCUCUAAACGGCUCUGUCGAGAAGGAUCGGCGCUAUUAUUGCUGGAGGACGAUUGGGUGUUUACUUUUUACUAGUAAACGGAGUAAUUUCCCAAGCGAAAGGUUUCAUUUUUGAGCUCCACGUUGAACGAACUAAGCGGUUUCUCGGAGUUCUCUUGCUUCCUCUCCACCCAGCGCAAUGGAGAAAACAGACGAAGAGAGGAAGAAGGCUCAGAUGCUGGACGCUCGGGCCAGAAACAUUAGCCACAAUGUUCGCUGCACUGAGUGUGGAAGUCAGUCCAUUGAAGACUCGCAGGCAGAUAUCGCUAUUCUCCUUAGACAGCUGAUCCGUAAUGAGAUAGGAGCUGGAAAAACUGACAAAGAGAUCUACAGUAAGCUGGAGGAUGAAUUUGGGGAGACAGUGCUUUAUGCCCCAAAAUUUGAUUUGCAGACCGCAGCCUUGUGGCUCACACCGGUUAUAAUUGCUGGAGGUACCGCUGCAGGAAUAGUUUACCAGAAGCACAGGCUAAGGAAAAAUGUAGACAUCAUGGCGUUGAACCUUAUUAGAGGUGUACCAUUGACUCCAAAAGAGAGAGUUACCAUUCUUGAUGUUCUUAUUCCACCUUCCCCUCCUCCUCAGGGAGUUGUUUCCCGAUUGAGGAGAUGGCUCAACCGGUAGUUCCCGUGUCUCCUUAGCUCUCUUGUUCUUGGCUCGAAUCUUGUUGUGUUAACAAGUAAACAAUGUGUUGAAAAGAGUGAGUACACAUUGAUUGUCUUGGAGAAACAGAUAGGGACUGCUUUGCAUCCAUUACAAGCAAAUGGAUUCUUCUGUAGAAGAUCUUGGGAUGAGAUAUGUAUCGAGAAAGCAUUAUUGAAAGUGUGAUACUUGUUGUACCUUUGCUGUGUGAUUGAAUACAGAGAGCGGGUCGAUAGUUAUAUUACUUUCGGCACAAAGAUUUAUUUCUUUCCAAAUAGUUUUUGUGCUAAAUGAGCUUUUUUCCACAUCUUUAUCUUAAUAAGCCGAAGCUCACAAAAUGUAUUGACCUGCGUAUUGUAUAUACAAGAAGCAAUGAGUAAACAGAAAGAAAUAGUCUUGCUCACAAGAAUGAGACUGUAUGUUG